AUGGAGGAAAAUCCAGAUACUUCAAGGACCUACUCGCAGCCCGAGGAGGACAACACAAGGGACAAUCCUGGGCUCGGCUGGAUGCACAGGACAGAAGGACAGAUGGAAGUGGACAAACAGGCAGCAACACCUGAGGCCCCCCAGAAAGUGACCUACAUGAAUCUAAACCAACUGGAUUCUGCACAAGAGACCACAGAACCCUCUUCCUCCCUGUCAGAGGAACACAACGGGCUCUCUGGACAUGCCGGCCGAGCACCGCAGGCCAUGGCAGCUAGCAACGCAAUCCUGGUUCUCGCUGUCCUCUUCGGCCUCCGGAUCCCCCCAAAACCCUCCAUCUGGGCUGACCCAGGACCCCGGGUCCCCAAAGGAAGCUCAGUGACCAUCUGGUGCCGGGGAUCCCCGAAGGCAUCCGAGUUCCGUCUGCAUACAGUGAGGGAUUCCGAGUGGGAGUACAUGGAGGAGUCUCCGGCCCACAGCGGCCAGGCCUACGUCUCCCUUGGGGCAAUGAACGUGCACAAGACAGGGAAGUACCAAUGCUCCUACAGCAGCGCCCACCACCCCGAACAGCGCAGCGACCCCCUGGCCCUGGUGCUGACCGGACUGUUCCCCGCACCCUUGCUCGAGGCCCACCCGAGCCCUGUGGUGGCAUCAGGGAGGAGCGUGUCCCUCUCCUGCAGCUCCACCGCCGAUGAUCUGGAAAGCAUCUUGGAAACUUCCGUCGAGAGCUCCAGGUUCCCCAAUGGAAGCUCAGUGACCAUCUGGUGCCGGGGACCCCAGAAGGCCUCUGAGAUCCGUCUGUUUAAAGUGAGGGAUUCCGAGUGGGAGUACAUGGAGGAGUCCCCGGCCAACAACAGCCAGACCUACAUCUCCCUCCGGAACAUGAGCGUGAAAGGGCAGGGCAGUACUAAUGUUCGUGUGUUCGACCCUCCAUCGCUGUCGGUGCAGCCUGCCCCCCAGGUGCAGUCUGAGGGCUAUGUGACCCUGCGGUGCCACUCGCACAAGUUCAACAUCUUUGCUCUGACCAGGGUUUACGCACCCCCACACGACCUUCGUGGGCAGCCGAGCCCCGACUUCAUUCUGGGCCCUGUGAGUGCCUCCCAAGGGGGCCAGUACCGCUGCUUCGGGAGACACCAACUCGACCUCCUAUGGUCAGAGCCCAGUGGCCCCCUGGACAUCCUGGUGGCAGUGGACCAUGGGCAGCCUGAGCAGCCACCUCUUCACCCCAUUACCUCCGCAGGGCCAGGGACGGGCAGUAGCCCUGAGCUCCAGGCACUAUCUGAGCCGCAUGUGCCCAUGGGAAGAAACUUCACACUGCGGUGUCGCUUGACUGACAUCGAGGACACCUUCUACCUGGCCCAGGAUGGCUCAACCACCGAACCCCUGCAGUGCCUCCUGCCCCACCCAGCCGCCCCCUCUCAGGCCAACUUCACCCUCCGAGGCUUGGGCCCUGCCCAGAACGUCACCUACAGGUGCUCCAGCUCCAACAGCUCCGCCCCCCACCUGCUGUCCCCACCCAGUCAACCCCUGUGGCUCCAGGUCUCAGGUCUAUCCGUCAAGAAACUCACGUUGGAAAAUCUCAUCAGGACAGGCCUGGGUGUUCUGGUCCUGGUGCUCCUGCUGUGUGAGGCCUGUCAGUCAGAGCCCAGACACCAGCAGGGUUGUGGCUCGGUGGAGAUGAACAGCCCCUCAGACUGGAGGCAAGAACAUCACUAG